AGGAAGUCAAUUGGUCUGAAAUCAGUGAAAGGCGGUAGAAAUAUGCUGCUAAGCGGUUACCGAUGUAAACAAAUAGUUUUUUACUGACUUUUGAUCGUCAGGUUCUGUAUCUACUAAACUCUCUUUAUAACGUUAAUCGUUGUACGUAGAUGCUCUGUUCUUACAUCGGUCUGUUACAUUAGUUAAGCUGCUUUGCUGUUGCUGGGUUCAGUUGGUUGACAUGAAACUUUGUGUAACGUUCAUUAUUUAGUGAAGCAGUGGAAGGCAUGAAGAACCUGUUCUAUGAGCCUGAACUCUAACAACCUGAGCGACAUGGAGGCUCCUCUGGACUCUAUGCAGAAUCCUGACUUUAGCUCUGUCCUGUCGUCAUGCGAGCCAGAGCUCCAGGAAUUGAUGCGACAGAUAGACAUCAUGAUCAGCCACCAAAAGAGGGAGUGGGAAGCUGAGAUGUGCGCCCUGGAGCUCAGGGUGAAGAACGGAGAGGAGGAGCUGUUAGCCUCUAAAAACAUUAUUGAACGAAGGGACCUGGAGAUUGGGUUACUUCACCAACAGCUGGAAGACGCCCAGAGAGGUCGCCAAGAUGUAGUUGCAAAGUACGAGCAACAACUGCAGAAACUCCAGGAAGAGCUUAACAAAUUAAAGAGAAGUUACCAAAAACUGCAACGCAAACAGCUCAAGGAGACAAGUGGAGAAACAAAAGGAACAGAGAAUUCAAAGGAACAUCAGCAGUACUCAGCAGAGUGGGAGCAACAGAGGGCAGAGUACCAAAAGCAGCUGACAAACCUGGAAGCUCAGAAUAAGAGCCUAACUGAGGAGAUCUCCCAUAUUAAUAGCCAGUGGGCAUCAUGGCGAGUGGAGCGGGAGCACAGGGAGUGCUGCUCACAGGUGCAGCAUCUCUGUGCCCAGCUGGAAAAGGCCCACAGCAGCCUGCUUUCUCAGGAGCUGGAACUGGAGCGCCUUCGACCAUUUGAGUCCCUGUUGGCACGGCGGCAGAAGGAUCAGCAGGAAGGGAUUGGGAGCCCGUCAGACUCCCAGGAUAGAAGCAUGAGGAGAACUGAUCUCCAGCAACAAAGACUACAGAAUGAAGCUGCCAGGCUCUGUCAAGCGCUUCAUGCUAAAGAUCAAGUCAUCCGCUCUCUGGAGGACUGCCUGGCGGCUCAGGGCUGUGCUGGUGUGGAGAUCCUCAGGAAGGACCUAGAGAGGACAGCAGCUAAGCUUCAGGGAGCACAAGCAUGUGAGGCACACCUCAGGGCUGAGGUGGCAUGUCUGAAAGAGAGAUUGGAGAGUUUAAGCAGACAGCAAAGUGAUCAAACAAAUCUGGAGGAAGAACUGAGAACCGUAAAGGCAGAUUUUGACUCUUCAUCUGCUGAAAUCAAGAAGCUCAGGGAGGAGCUGGAGAGGUCCCGGCAGACCCACAGCAGAGAGGUUGAGGGAAUGAGGAGGGAGGUGUCCAAGCUGACAGCUGAGCUGCACCGCCGCGACCUGUCCAUCUCUGCACUGAGCGCCUCCUCGAACAGCAUCGAGGUGCGGCGGGCAGAACAGAAAGCAGCUGAGCUCAAAAUGACUCAGGCCCAGCUGGAGUCUCUGCAAUCUGAGAACCAGCAUCUGAAAGCUCUGCUGCAGAAACCCCAGCCUCACUCACCCAAGGAAACGGGAUCCUCACCAACAUCCCUGCAGCAGCACUACACGCCCCCGCUGAGCGGACUUGAAAAGGAAAACCGACACUUACGGCAGCCGCUCUCUAAGACGCAGACACUGCCAGAUGCCCCAAGUAGGACGUGUCAGGAGAGGUAUGAACAAGCUCUCCUCAGCCACGCCAUGACGGAGCACCUGCAGCCUGAUCAGGAAAGGCUUUGGGAACAGAAGACAGCCACUAGUUAUGAAGGCGAGAUCCAGAGGAUCUUUAAAGCUCUUCAGAUCUCACCACAAUCUUCCCACCAGCAGCCCACAAGCGAACACAAAGACAGCAGAGCACAUUCCUCUUCCUCCUCGUCGACCAGCAGCAAUGCUAGACUAGCCAGGAGAAACUCGGUGCCAAACUUAACUCCUCACAAAUCUGCUGCUGAGGGCCAAAGCUCCAGCUCUGAAGACUCUCUGACCUCUCGGUUCAGAGAGAGAGGGAUUCCCUCUCCCUCUUUGGAGGAGGCGCUGUCGGCGUCACCCACACGCAACGCAGUCACCCGUUUCCUGGAGGAAGAGAGCUUAUGGUCCAGUGAACUCCAACAGAAACUGGACAGCCACAUCCAGGGCAUGAAUGAGAACAACUUCAAGACGAUGUCCAAGUUCCUUGAGAACAGCUCAGGACAAGGCUGACCCGGACCUGUGAAGGUCUCAGCAGUGACUCCAGCUUUAAUACACCCGACAGCAAACAGGAUAGUGUGUUAGCUGACUCUUUGGAAACAACCCGCUCUUGUUUUCACAAGUUUUUUGUACCUUUUAGUGCAAAUCGGUGUAUUGUAAAUCUUAUGGCGCAAGCUUUGUAAAUUAGGUACAUUUAAAAAACUAAAAAAACAAGUCCAGUCCUGUUGUGUCAGAAAAUGCGCCACUUCUGCUGUGCCCCUUUAGACAUCUCAUCACAGCUGACGUACGUUCUGUCAUCACGUUUAAUUUCUUCCAUCUAUAUCUAAGGAUCAGCUAGCUAUCUAUUGAUGAAUGCUCUGGUCUGAAUCUGCUUAAUAUUUAUUAGCUGAACUCAUCAGAAAGUAGGUCAGGCUGCUGUCAGUUGGAGCCAGUGUAAGCAUUCAGCAUCCUGAGGUGAUUAAACAUUCCUCCAUCAGACAAAGCAUUUGUUUUCUGUUACAGAGCAUUAACUUAAUGUCAGGAGCUUGCUGCUGUGAUUGGGGUAUAUUUCUCUAGCAAACAUAAGGUAUUAGCUGGUGAUCAAAAUGCUAACGCUACAGUAUCAGAUGAGUGGGACCAUUAUUCCCAUAAAGUCCAGCAUCUAUCUGCACCAUUGAACU